GGAAGCAGUACGCGCUAUAAUGCGACACAACUUCCUUUUCCGCCCUCUUUUCGCGCAGCCACAGGGAAAAAAUGACCAAGGGUACAUCAUCUUUUGGUAAGAGGCGCAACAAGACGCACACUCUGUGCCGUCGUUGUGGAUCCAAGGCCUACCACCUGCAGAAGUCUACCUGUGGAAAGUGCGGCUAUCCAGAGAAGCGCAAGAGAAAGUACAACUGGAGCGCUAAGGCAAAAAGGAGGAACACCACUGGAACUGGCCGUCUGAGACACCUCAGGGUUGUCUACCGCAGAUUCAGGAAUGGAUUCCGUGAAGGGACCACCCCAAAACCUCGACGUGCUGCAGUGGCCGCCUCCAGCUCAUCUUAAAAGACACACUUUUCGUUAAAUAAAUGUGCUGUUGGUCUGAGUUUCA